AACGUGAUGAUGUAAUAUGUGUGUGACAGUUGAAGUCAGCCUGUAGUCCACUCUCUCGCUUCUCCGUCAGGAUGGGGACCCAGGUUAAAGACGUGGUCAUUAAACCUGAUGCUCCAAACACUCUCUUCCUAGACAAGCACGCAGACUAUAUUGCAGCCUAUGGCUCCAAGAAGGAUGAUUAUGAGUACACGCUGUCAGAAUACUUGAGAAUGAGUGGCAUCUACUGGGGGCUGACAGUAAUGGACCUGAUGGGUCAGCUGUCCCGAAUGAACCGUGAGGAGAUCAUAGAGUUCAUCAAGUCCUGCCAGCAUGACUGUGGAGGCAUCAGCGCCAGCAUCGGCCACGACCCUCAUCUCCUCUACACCCUCAGUGCUGUACAGAUCCUGUCCUUGUAUAAUAGCCUUAAUGUCAUUGAUGUGGACAAAGUGGUGGACUAUGUUAAAGGACUGCAGCAAGAGGACGGGUCAUUCGCAGGGGACAAAUGGGGAGAAAUAGAUACACGGUUUUCCUUUUGUGCGGUUGCAACAUUGGCACUACUGGGCAAGUUGGAUGUGAUCAACAUGGAUAAGGCCGUUGAGUUUGUGCUGUCCUGUAUGAACUUUGAUGGUGGGUUUGGUUGCAGGCCUGGUUCAGAGUCCCAUGCUGGUCAGAUUUACUGCUGCACAGGUUUCUUGUCGGUCACUGGGCAGCUUCAUCAAGUAAAUGCAGAUCUGUUGGGCUGGUGGCUCUGUGAAAGACAGUUACCAUCAGGUGGCUUAAAUGGGAGACCAGAGAAGCUGCCUGACGUCUGCUAUUCCUGGUGGGUUCUUGCGUCUCUAAAGAUCAUUGGCAGGAUUCACUGGAUUGACAAAGCCAAACUGCGCAGUUUUAUUCUUGCUUGCCAGGAUGAAGAGACCGGAGGCUUCGCUGACAGGCCUGGAGACAUGGUGGAUCCUUUCCACACUCUAUUUGGUGUGGCUGGUCUGUCUUUGCUAGGAGAUGAGCAGAUCAAACCAGUAAACCCUGUGUUUUGCAUGCCGGAGGAUGUGCUUCAGAGGAUUGGCCUCCAACCAGACUUGCUGAGCUGAGUUUAAAUUUUCAGCAUGGCUGUUUUCCUAUCCUCCUACCCCUGCACAGCCAACCGUUUCGAAACGGGCGAACCAGCAAACCGUGGAAAGCUGUCACCUUCAACUAACGAUCGGCACACCAUUUAGAGGGACCAAGGACUUUAGAAAGACCCUUAACAUUGUGUGCUUUUUUUCGGAGAGUUGUUCUCAUCGUCAUGUAGGCACCGUAUUACAAUGCUUACUUAUGCUAGUGGGCUUUCUCUAUUUAAAGAUGCGGUUCAAAGAGUGGUAUCUGCUAUUUACAGCUUUCACUGUGUAACUUUAUUUAUAUGAUUAAUUCAGCAGGUCACUUUUUGGUGUCAACCAAGAGUGUUUAGUCAAUGAGGGGAGAGGCCACUCACUCAUCUCAGAUGGCUUUUCUCUGAGUAUGCGAGACUAAUAAAUGUACAUGUUACAUCACACUUUAAGUACCAUAAACAUGGAUUUCGUGCAUGAGAUUAAUUUUAAUGCUCAAAUUCUCUUCAAUCGUCAAGGUUUUGUUGGUCCUCACAUCCCAAGCAUUCAUAACUAUUGUGCAACCAUUUUAAAACUCUGCAACUGCAGUUAUUUUUAAGGUUUGGGAGAAUUUUGCUUUUGUGGUAUGAAUGAAUUCUCUCACUCUGAAGAAGCCUGUUGUGUGGGAUUGAAUAAAUGUGACUUUAAUGUAAAACUCAAGUGAUUUUGCUUCACUAGUGUAGGCUAAUUUGGAUUAUUCAUUGUCAGGUGGUGUUCUCCACAAGGAAUCGAGUGUUCAUCAACCCAGAGCGUCUGACACUGAUUAUGGUAACACUUUGUUGGCGUGCUGUUACGUGAUGUUCCCCAGUAGUGCUUGUAUGUGUCUUUGCUCAGUGUAGGUUAGAAAUGUUUAUAUCAUAUAUAAAACUAAUAAAUUGAAUUGAUUACUAA